AAUUACAAUUAUAUUACAAACUCGUCCAUAUAAAUAGAGCAAGAAGAAAGAAACAUAUAUACUAGAGAGAAGGGCGACCUGACAUUAAGAACACAAUCAUAUUAAUUUAUUUUGAUGGCUAAAUCGAUGAAUAUGAAAAGUAUUGUUGCUAUUGUAGCAAUAAUGAUAAUUGGAGGAGCAACUCUACAAAGAACAGAAGCAGCAGUUCAUGUUGUAGGAGAUGCUGUGGGAUGGCAAAAUAAUGUUCCUAACAUUAAUUACUAUGCUAAUUGGGCUUCUACUCGUAAUUUUACCAUUGGUGACACUCUAAUCUUCAACUUCGGUACCGGAGUACAUAAUGUGCUUACAGUAAGUUUGGAUGAUUUUAACGACUGUGACACAGACCAAAACCCCAGCCUUUUAAACAAUGGACCAGCGAACAUAACUCUUCGUACCAGCGGCAUGCAAUAUUAUAUUUGUGCAUUUCCCGGCCACUGCUCAAGAGGCCAAAAAUUAGCAAUUAAUGUUGCUGCCACCGCCACGCCUUCGACCCCUUCAACGCCCGGCACCACCAACCCUUCUACCCCCUCACCGCCUGGAACCACCGUCACCCAGUCUCCACCACCGUCUGCCGACUCUGCCACAAGUGUUGCUGCUAAUGUUGCUUUGACGACGUUGAUGUCCAUAGCCAUGGCUUUCAUGUGAUAUUUUUGUUAAAUUUGAUUUGACAUAGUAAUAAUUAAAUUGUGUGGAUCGUUUACAUAUGUAUGUAGACAAUUAUUCAUUUGAUCGGGCAGCAUCUGUUGCUGUAUUUCAAUAAAACAGUAUUAUUCGUUCA